GAGAAAGAGAGAGACACUACAACACAACUAUGUCGAUGAUCCCUAUACUAGUUAACGCGUAGUGCAGGCGACCACUUUACCAGCUCCAAUCACUAAAGGAUUACCAACACUUCUGCUGUCAUUUCAGAGCCUGCUUCAAUUACUGGCGUCUCGGUGACCGAUAUAACACGCUCCGGAGAGAAAUCCAUCUUCAAUGUCAAAGUAAAGGAGCAUCGCUGAUUCUGAAGAUGGAGAAAUGAGCCGCCGGUGACGCUUCAAGCAUUGGGGUCAGCUGUAGAUGAGUUUCCUGCACGAUGCCGCCGGGGGUCUACGGCAUGCAGGAAGUGUGGGAGAUGGAGGGUCGGCAACAUGUCAACAUUGAGUUCCUCCUCCCCACGGGGAUCUACCUCAAUUUUACUGUAGCGUGCAGUGACACCAUUAGUACCAUCAAGAAGAUGCUGUGGAAGAACGCCAAGAACGAGCCUCUGUUCAGUGCUCUGAGUGAUCCGGAUGCUUACGUCUUCACCUGCAUCAACAUGACCGCUGAACGGGAAGAGCUGGAAGACGAGCAGCGCCGCCUUUGCGAUGUUCGGCCAUUCCUGCCGAUUUUCAGACUGGUGGCCCGGGAAGGAGACAGAGUCGAGAAGAUCAUCACCACCCAGAUCAAUCAGCUUAUAGGGAAAGGUCAUCAUGAAUUUGACUCCCAAAAGAACCACGAGUUAAAUGAAUUCCGAACAAAAAUGCGGACAUUUUGUGAAGAGCAUGCUCAGUUGCGUCAGAUGUUACCGUGGGACAAGUGGAUGGAGUACAACUUCCCAUGUGACAUGGAGCCGUGCUCUUCAGUAACCCAAUCUGGGAAAUCACGCAGCAUCAAGAAGAUGUUUGUCAAUGUGAAGUUUGAGGGCAGUGAGGAAACCUUCGUCCUCCAGCAAGACCCACAGGACCUGCCGGUGGUUCUGAAACGCAACGCUCUGAGAAAGAAGUCUACUGUUUUCAGAUCGGUGAAGCAGGAGAAACCAGAGGACUACAGCCUGCAGGUUAACGAGAGAUGGGAGUUCAUUUAUGGAAAAUAUCCGCUCUGCCAGUUCAAAUACAUUUUCACAUGUUUGCAUGGAGGUCUUACCCCACACCUGACGAUGGUGCAUUAUUCGUCCAUCCUCAAGUACCAGGAAGAACAGGGUGGCCUAAGUAACCAGGUGUCCAGAAGCCGUGCUCAGUCCAAACCACCACCGCUGCCUCUGAAAAGGCAAAACACAUGUUCGCUGUGGUCGAUUCAGGAGCCUUUCUAUAUAUACCUUCUGCAGGGAAGUCGAGUAAAUGCAGACGAAGGCAUGAAGCUGGUGGUCCAGGCGGGCCUCUUCCACGGCAGUGAACUCCUGUGUAAAGUGGUGACCAGCAAUGAAGUCAGUGUUUGCUUUGACCCCGUAUGGGACCAGAAGCUAGUGUUCGACAUCAGUGUAAGCGACCUGCCCCGUAUGAGCCGCCUCUGCUUCGCCCUCUACGGCGUCAUUGAGAAGACCAAGAAGCGGCCAACCAAAAAGAAAAACAAAAGAGCGGACUGUCCUUUGGCCUGGGUGAACACGAUGGUGUUUGACUACAAAGAUCAGCUGAAGACCGGAGAAUACUCAAUGUCCACAUGGCCAUCAGUCCCAGAUGAUAAAGGUGAUUUGUUGAAUCCUAUGGGCACUGUGGAGAAAAAUCCAAAUAUCGACAGCACGGCUGGCCUCCUUAUUCGUUUUCCCAACAUCAGGCCACAGCCCUUGUAUUAUCCACCAAUAGAAAAGCUAAAUGAACUGGGUCCCAAUGGUGAAAAGGUCAUUGCUACAAAAGAAGAGCACCAGAAGUUGAAAGAGAUUGUGGACAAUAAAAACUCCACAGAGUUCUUUGAGGAUGAGAAGGAGCUGCUGUGGAAGCUGCGAGAGGAGCUAAGACUGAAGUACCCCGAGAGCCUACCUAAACUCCUGCUCAUCACGAAGUGGAACAAACAUGAGGACGUGGCUCAGAUGGUCGGUUUGCUACAGAAAUGGCCAGAAUUGCCAGCCCUACAUGCUCUAGAACUUCUAGACUACAGUUUCCCAGACCCUCAUGUCCGCUUCUUCACCAUCCGCUGCCUCAGGAAGCUGCCCGAUGAUAAGCUGUUUCAGUAUCUCUUGCAGCUGGUUCAGGUUCUGAAAUACGAAUCAUACCUGGACUGCGACUUGACCAGUUUUCUGCUAGAACGAGCUCUGGCCAACAAGAAAAUAGGUCACUUCUUGUUUUGGCACCUCAGGUCAGAAAUGCAUGUACCCUCGGUCAGCUUGAGAUUUGGACUCAUCCUGGAGGCGUAUUGUCGUGGGAGCAUCUUUCACAUCAAGAGCUUGGUGAAACAGAAUGAGGCUUUAAAUAAAAUGAAGGCUCUGAAUGACUUUGUAAAGUCGGCCAGUCAGAAGGCGACCAGGAUACAGACUACGGAGGAUAUGAAAGUGUGCAUAAAACAGGAGACAUACAUGGAAGCUCUCUCCGAAGUCGUUUCCCCUCUCAGCCCAAGCAUCAUUCUGUCUGAACUCUGUGCAGACAACUGCAAGUUCAUGGACUCCAAGAUGAAACCUCUAUGGCUGAUGUACAGGAGUAAAUAUGAUUCCGUGGGCAUUAUUUUCAAAAACGGAGAUGAUCUGAGGCAGGACAUGUUAACCCUUCAGAUGAUUCAGAUAAUGGAUAUUCUAUGGAAAACAGAAGGUCUUGACCUCAGAAUGCAGCCCUACGGAUGCCUUUCAACCGGCAAUAAAACAGGUCUCAUCGAGGUGGUCAAAAACUCAGACACUAUUGCCAACAUCCAGAGAAACAACAGCAACAGUGCAGCCACUGCUGCCUUCAACAAGGACGCUCUUCUCAACUGGCUCAAGUCCAAAAACCCAGGGGAUAAACUGGAUCAAGCCAUUGAGGAAUUCACCCUCUCGUGCGCAGGCUACUGUGUAGCCACAUAUGUUCUGGGAAUAGGUGAUCGGCACAGUGACAAUAUCAUGAUUAGGGAAACUGGGCAGUUGUUCCAUAUAGAUUUUGGGCACUUUUUGGGGAACUUCAAGAGCAAAUUCGGGAUCAACAGGGAACGUGUGCCUUUCAUUCUGACAUAUGAUUUUGUCCAUGUAAUUCAGGAGGGACGGACCAACAACAGCGAGAAAUUUGAAAGGUUUCGCGUCUGUUGUGAACAAGCCUAUAAGAUUCUUUGCCGGAACGGAACUCUUUUUGUGAAUCUUUUUGCCCUGAUGAAAGCUGCAGGUCUUCCAGAGCUCAAUUCUUCUAAAGACAUCCAGUAUCUAAAGGACUCUUUGGCACUGGGGAAAUCGGAGGAGGAAGCACUGAAGAACUUUAAAGUCAAAUUUAAUGAAGCUCUAAGAGAGAGUUGGAAGACCAAGGUGAACUGGAUGAUGCACACUUUUGCCAAAGAUAACAGAUAAACGACGCUCGAUCACAGACUGCUAAAGAAGACCCAUUGAAACCCUCUUGAUGCAGAGUUUUGUUUUCAACCAAUGCAGCUUUUGGAGAUGUUGCAAUGCUGUCUGGCAUCUGUCCUGCCAUGCAAAGGCAAAAUGUGAGCAGGUUAUAUCGAAAAUCCUGCGGUUUGCCUUUGCAGGGCAGUAAAUAUAUAUAGCGAAUGUUUACAUCAGUGACGUACGUACUACUAAAUAAGUCUUUUUGUUUUAGUCUUUUAAGGAGAGCAUUUUGCAACACGAUGCACUGAAAAUAGAAGCUACUAAUUUAACAAACAAACUAUCGGGGUGAUACUAAUUUAAGCAUCUCUGGUCACACGUGUACCCGAACAGAGAAAAAAAGCAGAUCAAGAUCAGAUCGAGUUAAUGUAUUUAUCAUUUCUGUACAGCGUAUAAAUCACUUCGAGUCAGGAGAAAGCACUUUGAGAGCUUUCGCAAGGUUUACAUUUUCAUUUCUGGAUUUUCUUUCGUUUACAUGAAUGUGUACAUAUUAUUUUGUGUAUCAUACGUAUAUUUGCAUUCCUUGAAGCUGUAUUUUGUUUUUCAUUUGGAUGCCUUGUAUAAUAGGAGCGUUGUUUAUCAGGAAAGCCUUUGUAUAGUUAUAGUAUAGAGGUGUACCUGAGAAGACAUUUUUGUAUGUCCGUGUGGAAACGAGCCUUAAAUAUUUUGUAUCUGUGGGGUAUUCUGUGCCUUUGGGAUGAGACACAAGCCAUCUUGAAGACGUGUCCAAAGAGUUUGCGUAUCGUUCAGUGAAAAUCAACAACAAAAAAACAGGAUGUUUGCCUAAGACUGCUGUAUUAUAAAUCAGGGCAAAAUGAAGUGUUAUUGCUCUGUAGAAAUCUGCGCCUGUGUAAAUGUGUGCCUAUAUUGAAUAUAGAGUCAAUCGCGCUUGUGUUUGCUCUUCCGGUUAAACCUUAAUCACUUCCAGAAUGUAUCACCUCAGUAUUCUCUCAUGAAGAUAACGUUGUUUAUUUUGAAUCUUGAAAUGUCCUCUAGAAUGUGAAUUUUUAAAAGAAGAGAUUUAAACUCAAAUGGAUCGUAUCUUUAUAUAUGAAAGUGCUGUAAACGCCCAUCAAUUUUAGCCAUGUAAGGAAGAUUAGUGGACUGCAGAAUAUCUUUCACCUAGUGGAUGUAUUUUUGCAUUUGUUUGUGAAUUGGUUUGUUCGGACGUCUAUGUGAGUACCUCUUGUAAAGGGAUAGUUCACCUAAAAUUUCAUCUUUUACUUUUGAUUUGUUCCAACAGCAGAC